AGAAAAUCAAGAGUAGAAAUUGAACUACUAAAUUCCAUAGUACUCCAUUCGAAAGUGGUAAAAAGAGAGAACAAAAGGAAAAAAGAAGAUGAGACGUCAUCACAGACGGCGAUCAUCAACGCCGUCAGUAGAUUUCGGAGAAGACGAGGAUGAAGAAGAAGAAACAUCAUCGGAAACAUCUCGAAUGAAGUGCGUGUCAUGCAAGGAGGAGUACACCUCACGUGACGCAGGCACGUGCAGGGAGUGUUACGAGGAAGCUAGUGAGACUGAAGAAGAACUCAAACGUGAGAUUGAUGACCUUAAAUCUAAAGUCAAUUUCCUACGUUUUUGGGCCCCACCUGACCCACUACACAGAUCUAACUCAAAUAGUGUACCUUUCUUUUCCGACGUCGUUUUGGUUGCUUCACAUGAUGAUGAAUCUGGAACGUCUACACCUCAUCCUGUUCCUGCUAAUCGCGCUGUUUUGGCCAGUCGUUCCCCCGUGUUCAGAGCGAUGCUCGAAAAUGAGAUGGCAGAAAGCCUCAGUGGCACGAUUAAAAUCAGUGAUGUGUCAUAUGAUGCACUUCGUGCCUUUGUAACCUAUUUAUACACUGCUGAUGCGUGCCUAGAUGAGCUUAUGGCUUGUGACCUACUCGUUUUGGCAGAAAAAUACCAAGUGAAGCAUCUGAAGACGUACUGUGAGAAGUUCCUGAUUUCCAAAUUAAACUGGGAGAAUUCACUUCCUAACUAUGCGUUUGCUCACCAGCACAAUGCAAAGAACUUGCUUGAUGCAGCCCUGUCAUUGAUCAUGGAAAACAUGGACAAGCUGAGCAAGCGAGAAGAAUACAAAGAACUCGUGGACAAGGAUCCCAGGCUAGUUGUAGAAAUCUAUGAAGUUUACCUUUCCAAACAGGAUAACACGGCUGUGCAUAAAGAUCUAGUCACUAAAGUAUAGCCCAUGGUCAUAUUAACUUCAGUACUAGGAGGAUUCUCUUAUAUAGUGGUUAAGAUUACAGCCCCCUGAAUGAUGAAUGUAACUGAAACUGUUUGAUUUGGAUGUAUUUUACUUUUAGUUGCAGAUGUUUAUCUUACAAGGUUACCAGGCUGAGUGGUUUA